AGUGGGGGAUGUGCGCUGCGAGAAGGCGGAUCUCCGAUGCACCAAUCCACGGCGCUCGCCUGGUCGUUUAAAGAGCUCUUUGUGUCAAUCACGCGUUUUUUUCAUCGCCAUAUUGGGCGCCGAAAAGCCUCGCCUUGUUAUUUCUCUUCCCCUUUUUUACUACGACGCGCAGUUGACAGGAGUGGCCAUCGCGAACGCUGCUUUUGUUUUGAUGAUCGUCGCCCGUCCGUGUUUUUCGCUCAUGCGGCGCACCCGGGGCGAGCCUACCUUUACGCCCGUCGCUUUGGAUCGCGUUAACGCAGGAAGGAACGCUCUGUAACAGCUGUUGGGUUUGUGUUUUCAACUCGAACGCAUUAAAAAAUGUCCAACGUGCGCUUGUCUAAUGGCAGCCCGACGCUGGAGCGGAUGGAAGCGCGACUGUCCGAUCAGCCCAAGCCGUCGGCGUGUCGGAACCUGUUCGGUCCGGUGGAUCAUGAAGAGUUAAAGAAGGAUUUCCAGCGGCAGCUGAAGGCGAUGGAGGACGCGUCCGCAGACGCGUGGAACUUCGACUUCUCCACGCACACGCCGCGCACCGACGGCAGAUACCAGUGGGAAGCGCUGGAUAUUCGCUCCGUGCCCGGUUUCUACAGCAGAUCGGAGCGGGGCAAGGGCUCCAAUCUUCACAUUUGCUCCUCUGGGAAUAAUAACGACAAUAAUGUGGAUGUUAAUGGCAAUCACGACUGUCGGGUAACGGAGCAGAGCGCGGAGACGCCCGAGAAAGACCGAGAGCAGAGGAAGAGAUCCUCCUUUCUCGACUCGUCGUGUCAAAGCAAACGCUCGCACAUCUGUGUAGAAGAAGUGACCCGGACGCCCAGAAAACCCAAAAAGCCCAGAAAACACCCCAACCCGACAGCCACAUAAACCUAGUGAGGGCUGAAGUUUGAUGUCGUGGGUUUGGUGACCUCAGUGCUUGCUGAACGAAAGAUUUUUUGGGGGAAAAACGGACGAGCGAAUGGAUGAACGAGUGGAAAAUAAAACAUAUCAACUCUAAGAGUGUGUUCAAGCACUGAAACAAACACUAAGGUUCUGGCACUCAAGAAAAAAAAAAAAAGCAACUGCCUCGUAAAGCAGUGUAUGUAGCAGUGUGCAAUUAGGUUGAAUUUCCUUUUUUGCUCAUUUUUGUUUUUCUUACUACCUGUGUAUAUAAAUAUAUAUUUGUUUCUUUUCAUAUGUAGCACAUAAUUAGUAUUAUGUUGGAAAAUUCUAUUUUUUUUUUUUUUUUUUUUUUUUUUUGUGGAGGUGUGAGUUUGGUUUGACUUGAAGAGCCACCGUUGCCGUGUGUAGAUUAUUUCCGAAAUGCUGUUCAUGUUUAUUUCACGUUUUGAAGGCCUGUUUUUAUAUUGGCUGUGUAAACUUUUUUUCUUUUUCUUUUUUUGGUCAGAUGAGGUACACAAAAUACCAUUUUUAUGAAUGAACAUCUCAGCCUCUUUUAUUUUUUUUAAAUCGUUUUUUUUUUGAAGGUGAUGUAAAAGUUCAAACUCUGAGGUCAAACCUUGUAGCAUCGACCAGUAUUACCAGUAUCAGGCACUUCCGUGGAGGAGAAAUGUCUCUCACCCUCUUAAAUUAUUUCUUUGUAAGAUGUUUCUUGAUCAUCUGUAAUUUGCGUGAAAUUUUCUACUGAUAAUAUUUCUUUUGUUUCACUUUUGACUCGAUCACCCUUGAUUUUGCCUUAUUUUUACCAACCGCAUGCAUCCGAAACACUCGACAAAUAGAUUCUGUGGUGAAACCUGAUGCAUGACUGUAUUUAUAAAGUAAAUAUUAAUAUUUGAACGAUUUACACUGCCUGUGUAUUUGUGUAAACUUUGAAAUGUACCUGUGUACAUAACUUUGUAAAAACACUGAGAAAAUUAAAACUAACUUAUUUAUGUCAAGCUUUUUUUUUUUUUUUUUUUUUUUUUUUUUUUCUUGCUUUCUUUUUUUUGGAAAUUAAAAAUGGGUUUUUUUGGUCAAGGUUUGAGUCGUUAUUUUUGUAAAUGCUUAUUUUUUUUGGUAGGUUUUUUUUUUUCCUGAUUUUUAAAAAUAUUAUUUUAACAAUUUGUAAGCGGUUGCAAACUGAGCCUGAUUAAAAUAUUUGAUAAGUUCUUUUUUUGUCAUGUGUGGUUAUACAAUGUGCUGCAAUCAAUUAAAAGAGAAUUAAAUUA